AUGUCAUCAUCAGUAACACCGAUUCUGAAAGAUGAACUGGACAUCGUGAUUCCAACGAUAAGGAACCUCGAUUUCUUGGAACAGUGGAGACCAUUCUUCCAACCAUAUCAUCUUAUUAUCAUACAAGAUGGUGAUCCUUCUAAGGUCAUCAAAGUCCCUCAAGGCUUUGAUUAUGAGCUUUAUAACCGUAACGAUAUUAACCGUAUUUUGGGUCCUAAAGCUUCUUGUAUUUCAUUCAAAGACUCGGCUUGUCGCUGCUUCGGUUUCGCGAUCUCCAAAAAGAAAUACAUCUUUACCAUUGAUGAUGACUGCUUUGUUGCUAAAGAUCCAUCUGGCAAAGAAAUUGAUGCUCUACAGCAGCACAUUAAGAACUUGCUGACUCCAUCAACCCCAUUUUUCUUCAACACUCUCUAUGAUCCAUAUAGAGAAGGUGCGGAUUUUGUCCGUGGAUAUCCAUUCAGUCUUCGUGAAGGUGUCCCAACAGCCGUCUCUCAUGGACUAUGGCUUAACGUUCCUGAUUAUGAUGCUCCUACUCAGCUUGUCAAGCCUCGCGAAAGAAACACUAGGUAUGUAGAUGCUGUUAUGACAAUACCAAAGGGAACUCUCUUUCCCAUGUGUGGUAUGAAUUUGGCAUUCAACCGUGAUUUGAUCGGCCCUGCAUUGUACUUUGGACUUAUGGGUGAUGGCCAACCUAUUGGUCGCUACGAUGAUAUGUGGGCUGGCUGGUGCGCGAAGGUGAUAAGUGAUCAUUUGGGACUAGGAGUGAAAACAGGUUUGCCUUAUCUGUGGCACAGCAAAGCUAGCAAUCCAUUUGUGAACCUUAAGAAAGAGUACAAAGGAAUAUACUGGCAGGAAGAACUGAUACCAUUUUUCCAAUCUGUUUCUCUUCCAAAGGAAUGCACAACUCCUCAAAAAUGCUACAUUGAACUCUCCAAAAAAGUUAAGGCAAAACUUGGAUUGGUUGAUGACUAUUUUAACAAGCUUGCUGAUGCUAUGGUUACUUGGAUUGAAGUUUGGGAUGAGCUUAACUCUUCUGAGGAAAAAACUGUUGCAUUGCCUAAUGGUUUAGAAAAGUAG